AUGGCUCUGGACGAGUAUACCUACGUUUUUGCCAUUGGCACCAUCUUCGCCUUGUUGGAUGCCUACAACAACGGUGCCAACGAUGUGGCCAACUCGUGGGCAACCAGUGUGUCGUCCCGGUCCAUCACCUACAGACAGGCCAUGGUACUAGGAACCAUCUUCGAAUUCCUCGGAGCAGUCACCGUCGGUUCGCGAACCGCAGACACCAUCAAGAACGGCAUCAUUCCCAGCUCUGCCUUCCAGGGCAACGCUGGAGUCCAGAUGCUCGCCUUCACUUGUGCUCUGGCUGCCGCCUCGUCCUGGGUGAUGUGGUGUACACGACACUCGGCCCACGUCUCGUCCACAUACUCGCUCGUGUCUGCCGUCGCUGGUGUUGGCGUUGCUACUGCCGGUGCCUCUGAGGUCAAGUGGGGAUGGAACAAGGGUAAAGGUCUGGGUGCCAUCUUUGCUGGUCUGGGCAUGGCACCUGCUAUCUCUGCUGCAUUCGGUGCUAUCAUCUUUAUGUUGAUCAAGUGUGUGGUGCAUCUUCGCAAGAACCCCGUGCGCUGGGCUGUCUGGACCUCCCCGUUCUGGUUCCUCCUCGCUGCCACCAUCUGUACCCUGUCGAUUGUGUACAAGGGAUCUCCCAACCUGGGGCUGAGCAAGAAGCCCGCUUGGUAUAUCGCCGCCGUCACCCUCGGUACUGGCGGUGGUGUCUGCCUGCUGUCUGCUCUCUUCUUCGUCCCCUUUGUGCAUUCCAAGGUCGUCAGGAAGGACGCCUCCCUCAAGUGGUGGAUGUUCAUCUUGGGUCCUAUCCUGUUCACCCGCCCUGUGCCCCUGCAAGGAGAAGAGGCCAUUGUCCCCGACUACGCCGUUGUCCAAGAAGACGAGGAGGAGAUUUCCUCUGUCCGCUCCCCUGAGUCUAUCAACGAACACGAUGGCAAAACACGCGAAUCCGACGCCGCCAACGAAACUGAGAAGAGACUGGCCGUGGCCGAGACCAAAGCCACUCAGGAUGCAUACAAAGACCUCAUGGCGGACGGUGAAGCCCGGUUCCACGCAAAGCUCAGGAAAGGCCGUGGCCCCCUUGGCUGGGCCAUGCGCACCCUCCACGAGAACCCCAUGGGUGCUGGCCAGAUCUACGAGCUGCAAAACAUCAAGCUCAUGUUCAAGCGUCUUCCUCCCAUGAUCGUCGUCGGUGCACUCUACGGUCUGCACUAUGACAUCCACGCCGCGCAGUCUGGAAUUUCUGGAACCCCCGAGGGUGCCCGCAUGCAGCGUGUGUAUGCCAACGCCAAAAAGUACCCCAACGAGGUCGAGUAUCUGUACUCGUUCAUUCAGAUCAUCACAGCCUGCACUGCAUCCUUUGCUCACGGUGCCAACGAUAUUGGUAACUCGGUUGGUCCUUGGGCCGCCAUCUACUCGGCCUGGUCGACGGGUAGCCCUGCUGCUUCCAAGGCUGCCGUUCCUGUUUGGCAACUUGCCGUCCUUGCCAUUACCAUCUCUCUUGGUCUCAUCACCUACGGAUACAACAUCAUGAAGGUCAUGGGCAACAAAAUCACCUACCACUCCCCCAGCAGAGGCUGCUCCAUGGAAAUGGGCGCCGCCAUCACUGUCCUUGUCUUCUCGCAAUACUCCCUCCCCGUCUCGACCUCGAUGUGCAUCACCGGCGCUACCAUCGGUGUCGGUCUCUGCAACGGAACACUCAAGGCAGUCAACUUCCAGCGCUGCGGUCUGCUCCUGAUUUCAUGGAUCAUGACGAUUCCUAUCGCCGGUACUCUUGGUGGUAUCCUCAUGGGGCUGUUCCUGAAUGCUCCUCACUUUAGUUAA